AUGCAUUUCACCGUGAUAGUACCGUUGGUGCUGUCCAUAGCGGCUUUCGUCCUGUCCUUCCUGGCUCUCUUCGCCGGCCACAAGGAGGGCUUCAUGGAGGACUACGACGUCGUCCGCCUCAACAUGUCGACCCUGGGCCACAACCUGAUAGCCACCGCAACUGAGGAGGCCGACCCGGCCUCGACAACAGACGGCUUUCUCGACAGAUUCAUCGACGGCGUCGGCGAUCGCGUAUCUGAUAUUCUCAACGACAUCGGCAAUGACGUGGCCGACCGUCUCGCAGACGAGCUGGGUGUCUCUGAGUGGUACUCUCUGCACUUGAUGGACGUUUGCCAGGGUGGCUUUGCCCCCAAUGUGACGGCACCCAACGUCUGGCUCAAUGUCACGAACUGCACCCAGCCGUCUCCUGGUCCCAACGUGAACCUCACCAAGAUGCUGGACCAGGAACUCUCAGUCGGGCCCCUGCGCCUGAGCCUCGCCGACCUCAACUGGCCCGAUAGCAUCGAGGACACCAUGGACAAGGUCAACAAGUUCCUCCUCGCCAUCUGGGUCCUCUACGUCCUGGCCAUUGCCUUCUCCGGCCUCGCCAUCCUCGGGUCACUGGCGGCCUUCUUCCUCGGCUUCAAGAAACGCAUGACGCUGAGCAACUUCGUCUUCGCUAUCCUUGCCGCCAUCGUCCUCUUUGCGGGCAGUCUCAUCACAACCAUCGGCGCCAAGGAGGGCGCGAAGCAGAUCACAGACAUUGGCGAGGAUAUUGGCAUCUCGGCGGAGGCCGGACAGAAGUUCAUGAUCAUCUCGUGGGUCGCCUUCGCUGUCAUGUUCGCGGCGGCCGUCUACUGGGUUACUCAGUUCUGCGUCGAGAGGCGGUCGACGCGCAGGCGGGGUUUCAGCGAGAAGCGUCACCAAAAAGGCAGCUUCUAA